AUGUCGAAAAAAAAUGAGUUCAAGGAUGAUUCUAGUUCAGAAGCCCACAAAAAUGUAAAAGAUAAUGCUAAUCGUGAAGAACUUUAUCUUAAAACGAUUGCAAAAUUAAUUAAAUCUGGUAAAGCGAAGAACAUUGUUUUUAUGGCUGGUGCUGGAAUUUCUACUGCAGCAGGUUCGAAUCUUGUUGAAAAUACUCGAAUUCCCGACUUUCGUUCUCCUGGAACUGGUCUUUAUGACAAUCUUUCUAAAUAUAAUUUACCUCGACCUGAAUCUAUCUUUGAAAUUCAAUAUUUUAAGAAAAAUCCUGAACCAUUUUUUGAAUUAGCAAGAGAAUUAUAUCCUUCAAAAUUCCUGCCUACAUUAACACAUUAUUUCAUAAAACUCCUCCAUCAAAAAAAAGUUUUACUCCGUUGCUUCACUCAAAAUAUUGAUACAUUGGAACAAAUUGCGGGACUACCUGAAGAAGUUGUAGUUGAAGCUCAUGGUUCUUUUUCAAAGUCACAAUGUCUCAAAUGCAAAAAAAUGGUUGAACCUAAGUGGAUGAAAGAAACUAUUUUUAGCGGAGUAAUACCCAAAUGUUUGGGAUGUAAAGGAAUUGUUAAACCUUGUAUUACGUUCUUUGGAGAAAGUUUGCCUGAAAAAUUUUUCUUGCAUUUACCCGAUUUUAAUAAAUGUGACCUUCUUAUAGUUGCUGGUACAUCUCUACAAGUUCAACCAUUUUCUUUAUUGAUUGACUAUGUAAGCUCAAAGACUCCAAGAUUAUUGAUCAACCGAGAAAAAGUUGCAUGCUAUACUCCAGGCAUGGGAUUUGAUUUUAAUGGAAGUUUUUCAGACGUUCGGAGAGAUAUAUUUUAUGGAGGCAGCUGUGAUGAUGGUGAAGAGUUAGAAAAACUUCAUAAGGAAGGUCAUGAAAAAUUGAAAGAAGAGAAUAAAGAAUUGACCGAAGAAAAGAAGGUUGAAGUUAGCGAUGUUGACGCUUUGGCUGCAGAAUUUAUUAAAAAAGUCGAUAUCAGCGAAGUAGAAAAAUCUACUACAGAUAAAGUUGAUGAAGAUAAAAAAGAUGCAAAUAAAGAGGAUGCAAAUAAAGAGGAUGCAAAUAAAGAAGACGUAAAAGUUGAUAAGCUUGAGAAAAAGGAAGCGUUGGAAGAUAAGAGCAAGGAAGAGACCAAAUUAUGA